AUGGAAGGAAUGAAAGGCAAUGAAGUGGGUGAUGGAAUGGAAAUGCAAUGCAUGAAUCAUCCUCACAGAAACAACCCUCAAGGAAUCUGUGCCUUUUGUCUCAAAGACAAGCUUCGAAACCUUCUCUCCUCUUCUCUCCCUUUCCCCACUCUCUCUCCUUCUUCUUCCCCUUCUCCUUCUUCCAUUGCACCACCACCUCUUCUCACUACCACUUCCCUCUCUGUUAGCAAUCAUAAUCACUACUGCACGCCCUCACUCUUGCCAAACAAGAAGAACAACAAACCCUCUUCUUCUUCUUCAGCUGACACUAUUUUCAAACGUAGCAAGUCCAUUGCCACACCAAAGAACCACUUUAUGGGCAAUGAGGAUUUUAGUCCCAGAAAAACAAACCGCUUUUGGUCCUUUCUCUACCUUUCUUAUUCAGCAAAACCCUUUUCCUCUUCUUGCAGAAAGAAAAUGAAAGCUAACCCGAGGAUCUCAACUGGGAAACCAAGGGUCAAUAGUUUGGGCUCUUCUAUUGGGAAAAAGUGUGAUAUGGCUGAGGAAGAGUAUGAUAGUGAUGGUUCUUCCUUGGAACGCAAGGUUUCGAGAUCUAGAUCUGUUGGGUGUGGUAGCAGGAGCUUCUCUGCUGAUUUUUUCGAGAGAAUCUCUUCUGGGCUUGGAGAUUGCACUCUCAGGAGAGUAGAGUCUCAACGUCAACCGAACGAGCCCAAGGUAGAUUUGAACCAUGGCAUGAAAGAGAGAUUGAGGUGUGGUGGCAUUUUUGGUGGCUUCAUGAUCACUUCUUCUUCUCCAUCUUUUUCAUCUGUUGAUGAUGGUAAUGGGGAAUCAACGGGUAUGGAACUUUCCCAUUGGAAGAGUAGGAAUUGGGGUUGGGCAUUUUCUAGUCCUAUGAGAGUUUUGAGCAGCAUAACCUCUUCUAAGGACAAUAAAAAGGGUACGAACGUUAUUAGAAAUGCUUAUGAUAAGAUCGCCACGCCAAACUUAUCAGCUAUUCCUUCCUUGCUCACAGUUAAAGGCUGA